CAUACAUGAACUUUGGCCAUUUCAGCUCACCAAAUCAAAACUGUUUCACUUAAAAAGCAUUGCACGCCAAGCUAACAAUCUUUAUAAACUCAUUAACUUCUAUAAACCACAACCACCAUUUCCAUGCAACUUUGUCUUCAAACAUCCUUUAGAACAAUAGCACAACCAUGAGUUCAUGCAACCAAACCUCCUUUUUCCGGUUUGAAGCCAUAACAGAAGGCUUUCGAUGGCCAUUGCCGGAGAUUCAAACAGUUGAGCUUCUUCUCGCGGUGGUAAUCUUCGUGACGAUACAUUCUUUGCGGCAAGUUAAGCGACAAGGCCUCGCUGUUUGGCCAGUGCUGAGCAUGCUGCCUUCCUUGUGUCUUGGCCUCCGGCAGGACAUAUAUGAAUGGGUCACCAGAGUGCUUGACUCGCAGAAUGGCACGUUCUUCUUCCGUGGCCCUUGGUUCACUAGCCUCAACUGCCUCAUCACUGCUGAUCCCCGGAACUUGGAGCAUUUGCUCAAGACUAAAUUCAGCAGUUUCCCUAAAGGUCCUUACUUUCAAGAAAUCAUGCAUGAUUUGCUCGGAAAUGGCAUCUUUAGUGCCGAUGAUGAGGUGUGGCGGCAACAGAGGAAGGCAGCAAGCCUUGAAUUCCAUUCAACCAGUUUUCGAGCAAUGACUGCGGAGUCUUUGGUUGAGCUUGUUCAUUCAAGGCUUCUCCCAAUCUUAGAUUCUUACAAUGAAUCAUCGCCUAUAGACCUUCAAGAUGUUCUUUUGAGGCUCACUUUUGAUAAUGUAUGCAUGAUUGCUUUUGGUAUUGAUCCAGGUUGUCUUCAGCCUGGCUUGCCGGAAAUUCCUUUCGCCCGGGCCUUUGAAUAUGCCACCGAGGCCACCAUUCUUCGGUUUAUCACUCCGACCAGUGUGUGGAAGGCCAUGAGGUACCUGGACAUAGGGAGUGAGAGGACACUGAGGAGAUGCUUGAAAAGAGUUGACGAGUUUGCUUACCAAGUGAUAAAAACAAGGAAGAAGGAACUUACACUUGAAUCGGUGAAGAAAAGGUCUGAUCUCUUGACUGUGUUCAUGAGUCUCAAAGAUGAAAAUGGAGAAGCAUUCUCUGAAGAGUUCUUGAGGGAUAUCUGUGUGAAUUUUAUACUUGCCGGAAGAGAUACAUCAUCGGUGGCGCUGGCAUGGUUCUUCUGGUUGUUGAACAAGAAUCCAGAGGUGGAGGAGAAGGUUGUUGAGGAGCUGAGGGGGAUAGUGAAGGAGAGAAGGAUGCAUGGCGGAGCUGAUGAUGAUGAGUUGGUGUUUAGGCCUGAAGAGGUGAAGAAGAUGGAGUAUCUUCAGGCUGCUUUGUCUGAGGCUUUGAGGCUUUAUCCUUCUGUGCCUGUGGAUCAUAAAGAGGCUGCUGAGGAUGAAGUACUCCCAGAUGGCACAGUGAUGAAGAAGGGAUCAAGAGUGAUAUAUGCAAUCUAUUCCAUGGGAAGGAUGGAGAGCAUCUGGGGAAAAGACUGCAGGGAGUUCAAACCAGAGAGGUGGCUGAGAGAUGGCCGGUAUUGGAGCGAAUCCGCUUACAAGUUCUCUGCCUUCAACGGUGGCCCAAGACUCUGCCUCGGCAAAGACUUCGCUUACUAUCAGAUGAAGUUUGUUGCUGCCUCCAUCCUCCACCAUUACCAUGUCAAGGUCGUCAACAACCACCCCGUGGCCCCAAAGCUCGCAAUGACAAUGUACAUGAAGUAUGGCUUGAAGGUGACUCUUCAUCGGAGAAAUGAUUAGGAUGAUGGGCAUGCAUCCAAAUCCUAAGAUCAUCACAUAUAUAGAUAUGGAUUUUGGGUUUUCCUUUUUUGAUUUUUUUUCCCCUCUUCUUUUUAACAAUAAGAUUGAUACGUAUAAACAUAUAAGAUAGAAAGAAAGGGGCUUUGUGUGGUUAUAUUGAUUUGUAUGAUCUAUGAAGUUACUUCAUUGUUUCGUGAUAAAUAUAUGAAGUUCUUAA